AUGCUCCGCGUGGUUUCGAUUUGUUUUUACAAUGACUGCCGAGUUCACAGAAAUUUCAGGUUUUGGAUAAUGGAAAAUGAAUCAACUAGUACCUGGGCUUUGUUGAAUAAGUCUGGGGAAAUUGAGAGUAUAGAGUCAGAUCCUGGAUCCAGUUCUGAAAGUUCCAUUGAGUUUAUACAUGAUGAAAUUGUCCACUAUGAAAGAAAUAAUAAUCAACGUUCAAGUCUUCAACCAGAAGUGCAGAAAGACAGUCAAGAUGUAAGUGAAAAUUCAUCGGAGGUUUGGAGCUUUCAUGACUCCAUCUUUGAUGGUGCAACUGUAGCCGAUCAUGGUUCUGCAAUGAAAGAUGAAAAUGGGGAGAGAAGUAGGAGAGACCUCACUCUUGAAAACAUUACAUCUGCCAACAGCAAUGCCUCUGUCUCACCUUAUUCUAAGUCACCUGUCUCCCCUAGCAGUUCUGAUGAUUCAUCUGGAUCAGUUACUUUACUUGAAGGCCGUUUCUCUGAUGGAGAUUCAGAUUUUGAACUCCUUGACCAACACAGCAGCUCAGAUUUGGCCCACCUCCAAUUGGCUACUGGUGCAAACAAUGCUUUACCAGCCAAUCAGCGUCCAAAAAUUAAUUUUAAAUACAAGAAGCAAGCCUUAGGUAAAAGUUUGACUGAGUCUGCAAAUGCUAAUGAUGCUGAUGAUGAGAGCAGCAACAAUGUAGAACAAUGCUCUUCAGCUGAAGAAUCUGAAGUUGCUCUUACUGCACCAGAUGACACAAUUUCUCCAGUUACAAAUCUGGGCAGUCUGGCAUCAUCACCAUCACAUUUACUGGUACCAAGUUUACUUCUCAAGCCACCCAGGAUGUCAAUCACCUUCAUGAUGUUAGCAUCCCUCAUUGUAGGCCUCUUACUUGGUUUCACAACAAAGCAUUCACUUGGUCCUUAUUCUAGUGAGCAGUUAUCUGAAGACAUAGCUGAAAUGCAGCGUAUUAAUGAGAUGCAUUUGCUGAUAGAAGAAAAUGAACAUAUGCGUAAAUAUGUGGAUUCACUUAAAUGGCGUAUGAACAAUUUGCAAAAUUCCAAGAAACAGCAAUUAUCCACUGAAUUGCGACAAGUGAACCAGCUGCUCAAAAAUCGACUUGAUGAACUUGAUCAACAACUGUUGGCUGUACGAAAUGAAAUCUUUGACAAGAAAUCUGGAGUGCAACCACCAGUAGUCUCAAAUUCAAGAAAUGAAGAUCGUCCUACUGAUGUUCCCCAGGAUCUAAAUGAACCUGCUUCAGACAGUGACCCUGAGUCACAAACUGAGAUAAGCAGUUCUGUUGGUGCUGCUUUCCAUGAUGAUAUCAUUCAAAUUCAAUCUUCUCCAGAAGAGAAUGUUGAUAAACAGUUCAGGAAGAAAAAGCAAAGAAAGCAAAAGAAUCGACUUCAUACUGUUCUCUAUUGGACAAAGACUGCAGUGCUCGUAUGGAUUGGCUUAAUCGGGAUGCCAUGUUACUCUUGA